UUUGCAGUCAUUUGCUCUCAUUUGAAAGACGUCUCCUGUUCACUUCGGAAUUUUUAAAAAAAUGACUGAAACUCCUCUACUGAAUAUUACCUCCUCAAACCAGAGUGAAAACAGAAGCAAUUCAGCUAUUUGCCCAGAGCAGGAUGACUGGUGGGACAUCGUGUAUUAUAUAGUGCCCAAGUACCUCAACGCUGUCUGUGCUAUUGGAAUGCCCGGAAAUGUAUUUGUUCUCCUCAUUUAUUCACUGCACAAGGGCCCCCUGAAGAUAGCUGAAAUCUACCUGAUGAACCUAGCUGUUGCUGAUCUUAUCUUCCUCAUGGGCCUCCCUUUCUGGGCAGAGAACAUCAGGAAUGAAUUUAACUGGCCAUUUGGCAGUUUCCUUUGCCGCAGCAACAGUGCAUCCAUCAGCCUAAACAUGUACACCAGCAUCUACUUGCUGGUGGCAGUCAGCGUGGAUCGCUACUUGACUCUUGUCCAUACCUUGAGCCACAGACGGAUACGGAGCAAAACUGUUGCCAAAGGGAUCUGCUUGCUCAUCUGGUUCUUUGGCAUCCUGCUCAGCAUCCCAGUUUUUAUGUUUCGGACCGUGAAAGACUAUCCCCUGUGGAAUGUUUCAGCAUGCACUUUGGACUUCCCCACCCCAUCGUGGAUAACAGCUGAAAGACUGGUACGCAGUGUAGUUGGAUUUGUGUUGCCGUCUACAGCAAUCAUCUCCCUUAAUUUCUCUACCAUUAGGUCCCUACAAAAAAAAACAAGAGCACGAAGAGCACUCGGGACAAAGGACUGCAAGGGGCACAAAGGCACGAAAGCUACCAGGCUGAUCCUCACAGUGAUACUGAUGUUUCUUUUCUGUUGGACUCCUCACCAUUUUUUUGUAUUCCUUGAUGCAUUAUACCAUACAGAAGUGAUCAAAGGCUGCUUCUGGGAGGAACUGCUCAAUUUUGGGGAGCAGUUUGCUUAUAUGCUGGCUACCACCAACAGUUGCAUUAACCCUGUGAUUUAUGUCUUUGUUGGGAAAUACUUCAGGCAAAAGGCUUUAGAAGUUUUUUCACAGUUUAUUCCCUGUGGAUUUCCUUUGAAAUGGGUAUCUUUGAAAGAAAUGUCAUCAAAUUUCAAUGUGUUUUCAGUCAGGAGUAGUUUAACUUAAUGAAUAUCAUUUCCAUCUUCAUUUUUAUAUUGCAACUUAUUUAAUGCCAUUGUAAAUAGCAUUAAAAAUUAAUAUGAAUUGCACUGAUCUGCCAUUUGCAGACUAAGAUAAUUAGCUACUAAAGUAAAUCACUUGAUUGCUUAUUUGUCCUCAGGUUUACUUUUUUAUGUCUGUGUUAUCCAUCCAAAUACAUAACAUGUGAUACUAGAAAUUUAUACCAAAUAACCUAAUCUCUUUUACCAAUUACCAAUUACUUGAAAGAAAAAUUCUUUCAAGAUACCAGAAAAUAUUACAGAAAACCAUAAGCCAGCUGAACAUUUUACUUCAUUGUAUCUGUCAUGACAACUAAAACACCAAAUUGCAACAGGUGUUACAGAGGAAAUAUGAGCUUAAUCUUUAGUUGAUAACUGCAUUUGAGCAAUUAUAGAAUACCUCCAGUUAUUUUGAACAACAUUUUAAAUGGUUUGCAUUUUCACAGUAACAUGGAAAAUCUGAAUAUUUUUUGUGCAUUUCAAUUACAUUCAGCACAUAAAUAUUGUACAAGAUGAUAUACCACAAAGAAAUUGUACAUAAGCUGUAAAAAAUGCAAUG